AUGGGUCAGCAAGGGGAAGGGCCCUUGAGGAGUGAGGUAAAUCUGCUGUUGUUGGAGAGGCUUUGGCAAAACAAGGAGGGACUUUGUGCAUUUUCUGCAAGUUUGGAAGGUUCCUUUUUGGCUCUUCCAGCAAGUACAACAAAAGGGUCCGUGUUAGUCUACAAUGUUAUGGAACUCCAUUCACACUGUGAGAUAGAUGCUCAUCGCUCACCAUUGGCUGCAAUGGUUCUUUCUUCAAAUGGGAUGUAUAUUGCAACAGCAUCUGAACAAGGGACCAUAAUCAGAGUUCAUCUCGUUUCAGAAGCAACUAAGUCGUAUUGCUUCCGAAGGGGGACUUACCCAUCAACAAUAUUUUCCUUGUCGUUUGGUCCAUCAACGGAACUUCCAGAUAUUCUUGUAGCCACAAGCUUUUCAGGUUCCGUUCAUUUAUUCUCUCUGGGGUUUGCUAUAGAUCAACGAAGCAAAAGAUCAGGCAGUUUUCUAGGAUCAAUAUUACCUGAUUCUGUUAGUGAUGCACUUGAUCCUGCUUAUCAUCAUGUGCUUCAUAAUGCUGGUCCUCCUGGAGUCAAAAGUUAUGCAGUCAUUCGCACGGUAGACAAAGUUCCUGACACAUCUAAAUCUGAAUCUGUGGCAUUUAGGGCAACUAUAUCAAUAAUCACCUACAAUGGGUACUUCCAGGAGUAUAGCUCGAUUAUCAACCAUCAAAAUGAGUCUUCAUGGAUUUUGGAGCGCGAAUUCAAUCUCUUAACAGUUCUUCCAGAACAAGGCAUCUGCGCAUGA